AUGUUUGGUGGCAAUGUGGACGUCUAUUACUGGCCUGUUUCCGGAGCGAAUGGCGAUUGCGUCUCGACUAUCGGCUCAAACUUCAACAACCCAGUGACAGAGCUCCUGGUCACCGAUGAUAGAGGCUUUCCUUAUUGGAAAGCCCAGACGAACCCUUGGGGACAGAACGGUAGUCAGGAUGUGAACAGCAUCACACUUCCUCCGCAACAAGCUCUGGCUGGUGCUCCCAACCCUCUGAGCGGACCGACGAACAUAAUCAUGGCCCGAGGUUACUGGCAAAGUAACAUUACAGCCGCUAGUAAUAUCUCCAGCUCUGAGGCUAUAGCCACCAUAGGUAACUUCAGAUGUACCUCUCCAUCCAUUUGCGUCGGAUUCAGCGACCUUUAUGCGGCCGAUGCAUGCGGUGCACUGUCAACUGACGGUGAGCUGAUCCCAUACACUAUAGUUGCAUUUGCGCCGGGAGAGCUUUCCACCAUUCAAAUCCCAGCUUGGGUACGAGCAGAUGUUCCACCAAAAGCAGCAAUCAGAUCGUUCAAUUUUGCAGAUCUCCCAUGCCCGCCCCAAAGCGUAAUGUACGCUGUGGAGUACAAGCCUGCUCCUGGGGAACCCUAUCGGCCUGUUCUCUCCCCACCGCGCCGUCUCAGCUCUCUUCUGCCUGAGUGGUCGAAAUCCGGUUGCAUCAUACCAGCAGCCUUGUUCAAUGGUGUUGAUCCACCAAGAGCUUUGAAGCCCGCGGAAAUUCUCACUCCCCGGGUUACUCGAGUCCAACCCACGGCCUCAGUGACUGCUGUGGCUGCUCCGGCAUCGGGCGUUCGGGCGAAUGAGCCAAGCAAGACACCAAAUCCCUCUACACCAGAUGAUAAGAAAGUAUCUACUCCAUCAGACCCAGGCACGAGCGAGAGUGGCUCUGAAGUUGGAGAUCCCUCAAGUCCAGGUCUAAAGCAAGUAGACCCGAAAAUCACAGACCCUAACGCCGUAGACUCCGAAGAUUUCGACAUACACAAAUCAAAUUCGAACAAUGCAGACCUGCAGGUUAUGAAACCUAGCGCCCCUGAGCCCGAAACUACUCCCGUCGAUGCGUCUAAGCCAGAUUCACCAAAGCCCGAAAAUCUUGAUCCAAAGCAGGCCAAAGCACCACCAUCGGACUCGCAAGAAAUCAACCCUCAAGUAGUAGAUGGUCAUGAUGAGCCCCAAGGGGCUCAAAGCUCUACUCCCCAAGUCUCAAAUCCGGAUGACCCAAAGGCCGCCACUUCAAGCCCAGACCGCUCUCAGCAAAACGUUCCAGACACUUCUUCGAAUGAUGCUGACUCGAGCAACGAAUAUCCUGAGAAUUAUCAACCAAAUGCUUAUACCCCCACUGUCUUCGACGCAACUGGAAUAGACGUUUCAAGCUCAAACGCGCAGGGGGAAGAAGUAGCAGACCCUGAUACCAAUAUCCCGGACUCUUUCAUGGGUCAAUCGAAGCAGUUGAAUUCUCAUGGACAGGAUUCCGCAAUGUCUCGCCCCAACAAGUCACCAGCCGCAGAAUCCGAAGCUAACGACGGUGAUGUUUCAAUGGUCAAAGGCCCAGACCUUGAGCUCGACCCCUUCGAUGUCAUGCCCACAAAUUCGUCCAACAUCGACGAUGCUCUCUCACCAACUGCAAAGUCUGAUGAUGGACAGUAUUCCACACCAAAUGGUUCAGAACACGACCCGUCAUCUCAACCAGAAGAUUUAGAGUACCCACCAUCUGGGGGCAAUCAGAAUGACGAUGACGUAAUAGCAAAGCCGGCCUUCAAUUUCGGCGAAGGCUUUUGGACCGCAGACUCCGGUACCAUGGCAGGCCUCCCCAGCAAAACUGCGCUUGCAGAUGAUCAUUCCCUCUCACAUCAGCAGUCUGCCAAUGUUCUGCCAAGCACAUACUCUGAUGCCAUUGUAGUUUCUCUUAGCAGAACUGCACCCACAGAUGACUCAGCUUCCGCGGACGUGGCUAUUGGGACCUCAAAGGAGGUAGGUUCCGCAUCAUCUUCCGCGAGUUUAGCUGCCUCGGGUAUUCGCCUAGGCAACGAUGGGACAAGCACUAGUAGGUCCCCGGGGAUGAACGCUAAUGCAGCCGCUUCGGGUGUGGCCAAGGACUCAGGGAGUGAUUCCCGGGCAUCGAGGAGGCACCCGUCGAUGAAGAUCACAAUCAUUGCCGGAGAGCUAUUACUGUUGUAUAUAUUUCUUGUGUACUGGGGAUGCAGCAACUGA